UCAACAAUAAACCCAAAACCAUGACCUUCAUCUUCUCAUCAACCAUUCCAUGCAAAACUAGUAUUAAUACUAGUACUACAACUUCAAGAACAUCAAGAAGGAAAAUAAGAAGAAGAAGAAGAAGAAGAUGUAGCAAUAGUGGUAAUGGAAUAAAGAAAGGAAGAGAAGGAGCACAUAAUGGAACAAAGAGAACAUCAUCAUCAUCAUCAUCAUCAUCAUGUAAAGAAGUGGAGAAGAGGUUGCAAGCUCUUAAAGAUAUCAUUCCAAGAAGAAGUUCUACCAUUAUGAAGAAAGAUGAUGAUGAUGAUGAUGAUGAUCAAAGUAUCAAUGUUGAGAAGUUGUUUGAGGACACUGCUGGUUAUAUAGUCUUGCUCAAAGCUCAAGUUGAGGUUUUGAAUCAUUUAGUGCAACUUUAUCAAUUUGUAUCAUAGUUUUGGUUUCAUGUAUUUUUUUCUUUUUUUCU